UGUCAUGAAAAGUGAAUGAUCCUGAUUGGCUUUUAAAAACUGUUUACGUUAAACUGGUAGUUUGAAAAGUUAUUCAGACAGCGAGUGUCAUUCGCUUGCAAAGUGUUUUUAUUUAAUUCAUUAAAUUUUUGUUAUGAUGGUGCGAUAUGCAGCUCUUAAGGGAUUAUAUGAGUUGGAAAAGACAAUUGGAAGCGGAGGUUUCGCAAAAGUUAAACUUGGUAUACAUGUUGCGACUGGAGAAAAAGUUGCUAUUAAAAUUAUGGAUAAGACAGCUUUGGGCGAUGAUUUACCAAGGGUAAAAUUAGAAGUAGAAGCGCUCAAAACUUUGCUACAUCAACACAUAUGUAAAUUGUAUCAAGUUAUAGAAACAGACACAUAUUAUUUCAUGGUAAUAGAAUAUUGUUCAGGAGGAGAAUUGUUCGAUCAUAUAGUCGAAAGAAACAGAUUGACCGAGUCAGAAUCUCGCAAAUUUUUUCGUCAAAUUGUUUCCGCGGUAGCAUAUUUGCAUAGCCUUGGAUAUGCUCAUCGUGAUCUUAAACCUGAAAAUGUUUUAUUAGAUAAAGAUGAAAACUUGAAACUCAUUGAUUUUGGUUUAUGCGCGAAACCAAAAAGUGGAAUGCAAUCGCAUUUGUAUACUUCUUGUGGUUCUCCAACUUAUGCAGCACCGGAAUUGAUAUUAGGCAAAAAAUAUUUAGGUUCAGAAGUAGACAUCUGGAGCAUGGGAGUCAUUCUUUAUGCUUUACUCUGUGGUUUCCUUCCAUUUGAUGACAAUAGUAUAGAGAAUUUAUACAAAAAAAUUUUGAGUGGGAAGUAUGACGAGCCAGGCUGGUUAUCUAGUAGUAGCAAAAGAUUAAUUCGUGCAAUGUUACAAAGAGAUCCAAAAAAGAGGAUAACGAUUCAAGAAUUGUGCAAUCACCCAUGGAUAACAUCAGGUUUCCUUAAUCCAAUAUCAUUUGUUCAUAAAACUAAUUUUGAGAAAGAUGACGAUGUAUUAAGUACUAUGUCUGCAAUUUGUGGAGAACACAGUUCGGAUAUAUGGAAUAUAUUAGCUAAAAGUGACAGAACUGAUUAUAGAACAGCCACGUAUUUAUUACUACUUGAUAGAAAAUUGCGUGGCCUUUCUUUAAAAAUUUCAUCCUCUGCAAAGUCUUAUUUCAGGCAGGGCUUGACAGGAGUCGAUUUGCCGCAGCAUGAAGGUGGAGUUCAUAAUUUUAUCACAAAUUUGGAACACUCUCCUAGAAGUAAAAUAAUUAGAAGAUCACCUGUCACCAAUGACUGUUCAAUUAAUAAAUACAAAACUCCUGUUGCUGAUAAAACUGUAAAACAAUUCACAGAACCGCAGACUGCUUGUAGAAAAAGAUUAAGAAGUAAAGAAUCAGAUGAGUGUUCUUCCCCUGUGCCAAUAAAGAAGUGUACUGAAAAAAAUAAACUUGUAUCAACACCUACUAAUAACGUACCAUCAGAAUCUAGAGAUGCACAAUCCUCGACGCCGGGAAGUGCAAGAAAAGUUAUAAUGGGUUUGGAGAGAGGGUUGCAUCGUGUUAGGUGCGUUCUUACUCCAAAACGGCGAAUUAAAAAUGAAAAUGUAGAUCCUGAUCAGCCGACUGUACUUUCUGGAAAAGGUUUGUGCAAUGUAUCAUCGACAUCCAGCGAUUGUCCAAAAUACGUCUUAUCACAAUUACGACGAGCUUUACGACGUAAAGGAAUUAUGUGUCAUCAAAAAGGUUUCAUUUUGCAAGGAGAGACGGAUGACUGUACGGAAGACGUGAAUAAUACGAAACCAUUUUUAUCUAGAAAUGCAUGUUCAUUCGAAUUAGAAGUAUGUUUAUUGGAAGGUAUUUCCGAUGAUAAACUAUUAGUUGGUAUACGAAGAAAGAGAUUAAAGGGUGAUGCGUGGGUUUAUAAACGAGUAUGCGAAGAGGUUCUAGCUUUGGCAGCAGAAGAUAUAUCCAGUGGACAAAAAGAUGGUUCUUCGGAAUCAAAGUGUCCUAUUUAGAAAAUUAUAAUAUUUUCAAAUGGAUACAGAUCAUUUUUACGAUCUUAAUUACUACACGCUCCAAGAUUUGAAAUAUUUUGAUCUCAGUCAGUGUGUAUCGCGAUCGCAUAUAUAUAUAUAUAUAUACGUUUGAUAUUUUAUAAAAAGGAAAAACAAAAGAAA